CGGACACAAACCCGUAAAGACACAGGCACGUCGUCCCCACGGCCAUCGCGCCGAUCUCGGUCUCGCGGCUCUCUCUACUCACCUGAAUCCCCAAUGGCCGUCGACACCACCCCCGCCGCGCCUUCCCACCCCGAAGGCGGCGACAGCGGCGGAGAGGCCGUGCGGCCGCUCCUCUCCGGCGCGCCCGCGGAGGAGGAGGGGGAGGAGGAGGAGCUGGACGUCAGGUACGCGCCCUACGCGCGCAGGGACGCAUACGGGGUGAUGGGCCGCGGGCCGCUCUCCCCAGCGCAGGUGGCGCGGCUGGUGCUCGCGGCGGCAUUCCUCCUCCCGCUCCGUCUCGUGGCGGGGGUGUUCCUGGUCGUCGCCUACUACCUCGUGUGCCGCAUUUGCACGCUGUUCGUGGACGGACUGGAAGAGGGCCGUCCCCGCCUACAGGGAUGGAGGAGGGAGGCCGUGCUGCGGGCUGGCCGCGGGUUAUCGCGGGCAAUGCUGUUCGUAUUUGGGUUCUACUGGAUCCCCAUGUCCGAUAGAAGCGUCCCCAAUGCUGAGGAUGUACAUCAAGAUCAGUCUGCAGAACUGGAAAGACCAGGGGCAAUUGUAUCUAACCAUGUGUCAUAUGUAGACGUUCUUUAUCACAUGUCAGCUUCUUCUCCGAGCUUUGUUGCUAAGAACUCUGUAUCCAAGUUGCCCUUGAUUGGCCUCAUAAGCAAAUGUCUUGGAUGCAUUUUUGUACAACGUGAAUCUAAAGGUUCAGAUUCUAAAGGUGUCUCAGGUGCUGUAACUGAAAGGGUCCAAGAGGUUUCUCAAGACAAUAAUUCCCCCAUGGUUUUACUGUUUCCUGAGGGUACUACUACAAAUGGGGAUUACCUCCUCCCAUUUAAAACAGGAGCCUUUCUUGCAAGAGCACCAGUGCAGCCAGUCAUUUUAAGAUAUCCAUACAAAAGAUUUAGUCCAGCUUGGGACUCAAUGGAUGGGGCUCGUCAUGUGUUUUUGCUUCUAUGCCAAGUUGCAAAUUACAUAGAGGUGGUUCAUUUGCCUAUAUACUAUCCUUCUGAACAAGAAAAAGAUGAUCCUAGACUCUAUGCCAACAAUGUCAGGAAAUUGCUUGCGAUCGAGGGUAAUUUAACUCUUUCUAAUCUUGGGCUGGCGGAAAAGCGUGUCUAUCAUGCGGCACUAAAUGGUAAUAGUCCUCGUGCUCUGCAUCAGAAAGAUGAUUGAAAGCCCCUGCAUCACUCUUUGUACACUGACAGUUGAGGUGAUUGUAACAAUGUAUGCCAACUUUACAUGAUCAUGCCUUGCAUGUUUUCCUUGUUUGAGGAGCAUGACAAAUUCCCUCCUAUACUUUUUUUAGAUGAAUUCUCUCCUUAUACUACAUUGUAUAAAUACUAAUAGUUCAAUAAUAAUAUAUGGCAUAAUUACUGUGCUUGGUCAUUCACA